AUGUCUGAGAAACGUGACAGUGCAAGUUUCCCAAAUGAAGAGGCGAAGAAGAAGAUCAAGCUUGAUAUAUCUUCAUCAAGCGGGUCGCACUCUAAUGUUAAACAAGGAGAUGGCUCAGAAAAGGGUGCUGUUGAUUCAUCUGCAAGUGCAAUAGUGGAGAAUAAACCCAGAAACCAGGAUGAUAUGGAUUUCUCAUCUAGGACGGUCCCAGCAAGCAUUCAUGAUCCAGAUUCUCAAACCAAGAAGACGGGCAGUUUAUCAGCAAGUUGCAGCAGCAAAGACCAGCCUUCCAUCAAGAUGAAUAAGAGAACCCUCCUCUACAAGAAGAGCUUAACCCAUGACGAUGUCACCAAGUUCAAGAUCAUGAUUCCACUAGAAUCUGGUAGAAAAUUUAUCCCUGAACCUGAGAAAGUUGACGGAAAAUAUAAGAGCAGAAUAAUGUUGCUUAUGGACCAUGACCAACAGAUCUGGCCCAUGGAUGCUUCAUUCGACGAGAUGAGCAACUCUUACAUGCUUUGUUUGAACUGGGACAAAUAUUUUAAGAGAUAUGAAUUGGAGGCCGGGGAUGUGAUUUUCUUAUAUAUCGAUCCUGCAAUUCCCUCUUUUGGCCACUUCUUGAUUGAAUAUGAAAAGAAGGGGCGUGACAGCAAUCGCAAGGAGACAGCUUGAGGGCAUAUAUGAAGCGAAGCCUUUUUGGUGGGUGAAUGCAUUCAGAAUCUAGCUAGGUAAUAUUGUUUCUUCUUCUAAUUCUUCCAAGGAGACUCAAUUUUAAUUAGUUUUUUACAUGUACAAUCUUGCCUUCCAUAUGUA